AGUUUGCACCAGUCCUCUUCCCUCCUCCACCACCUCCUCGCACCCCCUUACACACCUUUCCUCUCUCCCCCACCACCUCUCUUUCUCCUUCUCCUCCUAUUCCCUUACAAUGGCCUCCGACUCUCCCGCUCAGCGCGACGGCAGCCCCACUCCUCAUUCUCGUUCCCCUUCACCUGCCGGAAGUGACAUCCUAACCCUGCGCGCACUUGUCAGUACCAAGGAGGCCGGUAUCAUCAUCGGCAAAGGUGGCAAAAAUGUGGCCGAUCUCAGGGAGCAAACCGGUGUGAAAGCCGGUGUAACAAAGGUCAUUCCCGGUGUCCACGAGCGGGUGCUCACCGUGGGUGGCUCCGUAGAGGGCGUUGCAAAGGCAUACGCGCUCAUCGUGUCUCAGCUGAUUUCAGCCAACCCCUCCUCUCCUACCACGCCCAAUGCUUCCACCUCCACUUCUUCUAUACGCCUUCUCAUAUCUCACAAUCUUAUGGGUAGCGUCAUUGGAAGGAAUGGUCUCAAGAUCAAAGCCAUCCAGGACUCGUCUGGAGCCCGUAUGACAGCUUCCAAGGAUAUGCUUCCACAAUCCACCGAGCGGAUCGUCGAAGUUCAGGGUUCGUCGGAGUCAAUAGGUCGUGCCAUUGAAGAGAUUGGCCGCGCUCUCUUGGAGGACUGGGAGCGUGGUUUGGGCACUGUCUACUUCCACCCCGGCGCCAACGAUGACAGAUCGGGACGACGCUCAGGACAGUCCUCGACUCGACGCACCAAUGGUGACUCAGGUCGUGGGCGUGCAUCCUCCCCGCCUUAUUCACCAUCUUCACCGCCUCCAACAAACCUACGUACACAGAACAUCUCCAUACCGUCUGACAUGGUCGGUUGCAUAAUUGGCCGAAACGGAACAAAAAUCACGGAAAUUCGCCGUUUGUCCGGUUCCAAGAUCUCUAUCGCCAAAGAGCCGCAUGAUGAGACCGGAGAGAGGAUGUUCACCAUCGUCGGAACCCCUGAAGCAAACGAGAAAGCUUUGUUCCUUCUCUAUAAUCAGCUGGAAAGCGAAAAGGAGCGUCGAGUUGGUCGCGAGCAACUUCAACAAGAUGAGCAAGAUUGACAGCGUUCUAUAUGCAACCUUCCGCUCUCCGUUCUGAGCAUGGCGCGCAGUACCCUCUGCGCCUCUAGUCGCUCCAAGGUAGUACGCGUCACUCUCAGUCGCCAAAUCCCCCCUUUCUUGAACCACUCCACUCGCAUCUUGACGGCUCUUUCCAAACUCCCCCCUGUCCAUAUUCCACGCAUGACCUGAUUUCCUUCACGCCGAAAAUACGUAACCCCGAAGACGUCCUUCCCUCUGUUCCGUUCUCUCUAUCCGAGUCCCUCACCGAAAUCCUCUUUAUUCGCGUAAGACAUCUACGCGUAUUCCUUCCACGUACAUAAAGCCAAGGGCUGCAUACUCUUCGUGCACCCUUUUAGUUUACUGUCGUGCAUACGUGACCCCACGGACACUUGAAAAGUAUGCGUAUGUUAAUGCUAUCCCAGUCGCUGCAUAUCUAUAGAUGUCCGUACUUGAGCUCGCUGUCGUGCAUAUUACUCGUCUUCCUUUUCACUCUCGGGGAGUAUGUUUACUACGUAUGUAGGCAAUUAAAAUCACUCCAGAUUUCUGCAGGCC